AACACGCGUCUCCCUACAGAUCUGCUUCCUUCUUGCAUUUGGUCUCGCCGCUCUUGACAAAGAUUCCCUCUAGGGUUGCCUCGAAUAUAUUAUUGCGCCACAUCCUCGCCAUGGGGCUAGUUAAGAAGUCGAAAGCUGCGAGAUUCAAUGCGCAUACCUUGAAGCUGUUGCAAGCCGCUGUCAAGCAGGACCCGGAGGUUGACUUGACCACAAAGCUACCUACGAGGUACUCUGAUCGUCUGGAUUCCAUGCGUAACAGUGAGCGGCCGGAUCAUGACGCUCCUGUACCUCACGAGGAGGAAGAUAUAAGGGCGUCCCUUCGCGCAUCUGAUUCUGUAGAGACCAUUUUUCCGUUAUCGGAGAGGACCCUCAGCCUAAUAAGAGACCAAUCGCGUGGUCUUCAGCUUCUUCCAGACAGUUUUCCGCAGCAGCUGGUUUACAUGAUACAAGAGAGUGAUAUUCUUUGGAGUGGCCCGUUUCCCCGUCAGAAGAUGGUCUUCAAGUGUAACAGCUACAUAGUCUUGAAGGCUGUUCGGGAUAUGACCGACUAUACUGAAUAUACAACUUUACAAUAUCUCCAACAACACAAGUCAAAUAUACCAGUACCUGAGCCGCUAGGCUUGCUACGAAUGAACGGAAUAUCAUUGAUGUUCAUGAGCUACUUGCACGGCGACACUUUGACUGCCCAAUGGGCGAUGUUGAACCCAGCUCAAAAGACGUCAGUGAAAGAGCAACUGAAUCAAAUUUUGCUGGAUUUGAGGUCUUUACCAUUUCCUCCUGGAAGACCUCUUGGAGGGGUUGGAGGUGAAGGCUGCAAAGAUGUGAGGAGACAUCUUCGCCGGAACGACCGACCAGUGAUGAAUGUUGAUGAUUUUGAAGACUUCCUUUUCAGCAGCCCUAGGUCCGGUGGGCAUGUUUUUGUGGAGUUGCUUCGCGGGAUUUCUCCAUCGCCUUCGUCAUCUAAAAUCGUUUUCACUCAUGGAGAUAUCCGCCCUGACAAUAUUGUUGUGGAAGUGAAGGAUGGCGGUGAUUGCAUUAUCACUGGGAUCAUUGACUGGGAAUACAGUGGUUUCUAUCCUGACUACUACGAGGCCAUCAAGUGCACGAAUUGCUUAUCACCAUAUGAAGAGAAUGACUGGUUUUUGUUUCUGCCUGGCUGUGUCUCACUGGAAAGAUAUCCCCACUGGUGGCUCCUCGACAGAGUCCGAGAAUCUAGAGUGAUAUAAGCGCUGCAAAUACCUGUCGCAUUACAAACAUUCUAGACACCUUCAAACCAUAGGCCCUCUCUUCUUCUUUAGCUCCUUCCUCGCCUCACGAUAGUCCCUGCAGUCUCGUCAGGCAACUUGGCAUGCAGGUCGGGUGUUACGCAUCGCCAAGUCUAUGACCCGAGGUUCUCUGACUAACUUCUGCGCGACUUGUCUUUAUUUCGCAGCCCUUGCUCUGUGGACGUAUGGUACUGCUUUUACCCCGGGAUCCUCAGCUCAGAGGGCAUCGAAUUUUGUUGGACAACAGGGCAUAUUCCUCUUAGACAGUGAAGUCAACAACGUCGCGCUACAUCGAUUCGUCGUCUCCGGACAAGGAAUUCCG